AUGCGGAGCCCGCGCCACGCCCCGCUCCUGCUCCUGCUGCUGCUGCCGCCGCUGCUGCUCCCGCCCCGCGCCGGGGACGCCGCCGUGAUCACCGGGGCCUGCGAAAAGGACCUCCAGUGUGGUGGAGGAAUGUGCUGCGCUGUUAGUAUCUGGGUUAAGAGCAUAAGGAUUUGCACACCUAUGGGCAAACUGGGAGACACCUGCCAUCCGCUGACUCGUAAAAGCCAUUUUGGAAAUGGAAGCCAGGAAAGAAGAAAGAGGAAGGAAAGAAAAAGGAAAAAGGAGGUUCCAUUUUUGGGGCGGAGAAUGCAUCACACUUGUCCAUGUCUGCCAGGCUUGGCUUGUUUACGGACUUCAUUUAACCGAUAUAAUUGUUUAGCCCGAAAGUAA